CAAGAGAGGAAAAUUUAAUGAAAACACAGCGUAGUAAGUCAGACCGCUGUAGGUGUCGUGUGAACGCGAUCGACCAAUCAGCGGCCAGCAAACGCCGAAAAAGACAAAUUGGUUUUUAGUUUGAGGGCAUGUUGUCAGUAGCGUUAUUCAAACGGAACUACGCUAGACCCAGGACAGAAGGAAAUGAAACAGAGAAAGUCUGCGAGGAUCGCUCUGGGUAUCUAGAGGUGUAACCGUCAACAGCACUCAUAGUACAUGUUGUGCUCCUGGUGUUUACAUUGGCACACUGCACACUGAUGAGUGACCCUAUAUCACAGCCGACAGACAGGGCAACCAGCAAUUAUUGAAACACAUUCCUAUCAACACUUUAUUCUCUAAAGAAAAACAAGUUUGAAGAUACCGGAUUUUUCGUGGAUAUUUGUGCAGUUUUUGGAAGUUUUUCCGGUGAAUAAUGUAGUUUGUCCGGAUGUACAGUAUGGAGAGACCCUGCAUGGACUAACGGGAUGAUGGUGUAAUUCCUGGAAUAAAUUUAAUUGGGACAUUUUUUUAACUAGAGACGACAUAUAAUGGGAUCUUCAACAAGACAUUACAUUUCCAUAAUUUUGGUGUGCAUAUUACAGAGCGUGCACGCGUCAUGGUGGUAUCUGGCAAUUCUGAGUUCUUCCCCGACCAGCAACUCGCCACCAGCAGAACAAGUGGUUCCAAAACUACAGUCGGAUCAGGGAUCCCGUUGUUCAAACCUGGCCUUCCUCACCCCUCGCCAGAAGGAGUUGUGUGAGCACGAGAGUCGCCUACUUAAUGUAGUCAGCCAGGGAGCGUCCAUGGGUAUCUCGGAAUGUCAACACCAGUUCUCCGCCCGCCGCUGGAACUGUUCCACAUACAACAACACCAGUGUCUUCGGCAAGGUUCUCGGAAUUAAAAGCCGAGAAACGGCCUAUAUCUACGCCAUAUCAUCAGCCGGCGUCAUGUAUAGCGUCACGCGCGGCUGUGCGCGUGGGGACCUCGAGCACUGCGGUUGUGACGACAAAAUCAGGUGGCGGAAGGCAGGCGGAGAUUUUGAAUGGGGAGGCUGCUCAGAAAACACUAAAUAUGGGGCAAAAUUUUCUAAGGAAUUCGUUGAUGCAAACGAGAAAACCGUUGACGAGUCCGGUUUGAUGAAUCUCUGGAACAAUGAAGCUGGAAGAAGGACUGUUAAGACGUCAAUGGAACUUCUCUGUAAAUGUCACGGAGUUUCUGCAACAUGUUCCGUGAAAAUCUGCUGGCGGAAAAUGAAGAGCUUCCGGGCAAUUGGCGCCAAACUGAAGGCUAAAUUUGACGGCGCAAGUCUCGUAAAGGUUAACAAGAAACGCAGAAAGUUAAAGCGGAUAACGAUAGAUAUGAAAAAGCCGACGAAAAAAGACUUAGUGUAUCUGGAGGAGUCACCGGAUUAUUGUAAUGUCGACGCCAAAUACGGGUCACUCGGCACGCGCGGGCGACAGUGCAGCAAGGACAGCUAUGGCCUAGACGGCUGCACGCUCAUGUGUUGUGGGCGUGGCUACCAUACGAUCGUCAAGGAGAUCAAGGAAAACUGUGACUGUAAAUUUGUCUGGUGUUGUAGAAUAGACUGUAAGAGGUGCUCACGAGUUGUGGAAAUGCAUUUCUGCAAUUAAGUUUCUCUUCUCCUGCCGCUAUUAUUUUCGUUCUGUUUGAAUUAAUAGCCACCAUCUGUAUAUACAACAUGCUUUAUAUAUUUAUCUAUUUUGCAUAAAUUAUAUUUAUAAAUAUAAUUAAAAUAUAUAUAUCGGUGAUGUUGUUAUGAUGGUUGACUAGGCUUAAAGUCAUGGUUGGUGUUGAGGACUGUGUGUGUCUCCAUUUGUGACAGAUCGGUUCAAAUGUCUAGAUGGAUGACGGACAACUGUCAUAACAGGACCGUGAAAAUACCGGUUAAUUGUGCUCGAUACAAAGCAAGUUUGCUUAUGACAAGUGUUGUGAAUUAAAACGUUUAUGAAGACAAUAUUGACAAAAUGUACUGAACUCGUGUGUGCUUAUUGUCUCUACAUAUUCACAAUUACAAAAAAGGCCUCGUGUUACCGAGGAUGACAAGGGUAUUGUGAUACCAAUACCAACAAAAAUGAACUCGUAAUAUCGAGAUAAACAAAUACACGUUGUUCACAUUUUAUGAAAAUCGACUAUUUCUAAAACGCCACAAGGUCGUGAACGGAACCACGUGACUAGGAACGGUUGAUGAUUUAAUAUUGUGCUCUUUUUGUUCUUUGUUUCGUCUAUAUGUUUGUCCCUCAGUGUUCAGAUUGUAUUAUAUAUAACAUUUAAUAUAUUUAUUAUUUGACACAUUUUAAGUAAAUGUAAAAUAUACAAGCCAUGAUUCGGCGAAAGGUUCUUAAAUCAGCUCCCCUCGUUUCAUUGUACAUCAGAGUUCGCCAUUGACACAUGAUCUCCCAGAAUGCAUUGCUGUCAAUGGAGAGUAGCGCAAGGAACCCAGGGAAUAUUUGUUAUGGCCUGUGGACGAGAUAUAACUUUAUAAGUUGUCCACGACUCGGUAAUAACCGGGAGUAAGGACGAAAAGUCACAUCUCCAAUUAAUCAAUCAUACGAUUUAGGCAGUUUUACUACCGAACUGUGCUGCUUCAAUAGAAGCCAGUGAAAAUUGUUAAUCAAAAUUAAAAAUUAAAAUAAAUGCGAGUCUCAUUGUGAUAUGUAUUUAGUUAAUGGAUGAGUUUACGUACACAGUUUGUAUUCUGAAUAGUAGAUACAUUUAUAUAUUUGUUUACGAUGAGAACUCUGUAGGCUGAUGUUAUGUAGUGUGUAGGUCGUUACACCUGUACUGUGUAGGUUGUUACACCUGUACUGUGUAGGUUGUUACACCUGUUCUGUGUAGGUUGAUUACUAUUCACCUGUAUAUGUACAUUACGUAUGUUGAUACAUUAACAUGUACUGAUGUUAUACCUGUAGUGUUGCUAUAUAUUUGUAUAGCGCCACAUCUUAUCUCGAGGAAAUUGCCCUUGUUGUACAUUAUUGCUCCACAGGAACAUGUGGUCAGAAGCAUGACAAAAUUAAAGAUAAAAUCUAGUUGAAAUAUAAAUAAACGGAACGUCAUUCAUUAAUGAAUGUCAUUGAUAUAAAAAGAAGAACAUGGGAUAGUUAUAUAUCUUUUGUAUUUCACUAUGAUAUUAUCCAUAAUAAGGACAUUCUUCUGACCACAUGUAUCCGUGAUAUGCCCCUUCAGGGUUGUGCUCGGUUCUAUAGUUUCUGUACAUAAGCGAUUUGUAUAUAUUCGUCAUAUAAAUCACCCAAUAAAACGUCUCGAAAACAUG